AUGUAUAUUCCAAAGCAUUACUCCGAAGAGAAUUGGGAGCAACAAGAGAACCUCAUCAAAGCUAAUCCCCUAGGUACUGUUGUUUCUUUAGGGGAAAGUGGGAUCAUUGCCAAUCAUAUACCAUUUUAUUUGCAUAUAGAUAAGGAUACCAACAAGAAAUAUUUGCAAGGUCAUAUAGCGAAAGUAAAUCAUCAAAUACCCUCACUUAAAGAGGAAGGUGAGGUGUUAAUUAUAUUUCAAUCUCCUAGUUCUUACAUUAGUCCCUCGUAUUAUCCAUCUAAACAUGAAACCCAUAAAUUUGUACCUACGUGGGAUUUCGCUAGUAUGCAUUGCUAUGGAAUUUCGAGAGUUAUUGAUGACUUUGACUGGGUCAGAGCUCAACUUAACAAUUUUACAGAUCAACAAGAAAUCAAGAGAUCAGAUCCUUGGAAAGUCAGUGAUGCACCUGAAAAUUACGUAAAAUUAAAACAAAAGGCUAUUACUGGCUUAGAAAUUGAAAUAACUAGAAUUGAGUGCAAAUUCAAGUUUGAACAGGAAAAGAAAAAGCAGGAUAUUGAUGGGGUUGUCGAUGGUUUGAACGAAGAUAACAAACCAGAAAUUGCCCAAUAUGUUAGAGAGGCAAAUGAAACAUCCUAA